AUGGCCUACACCAACAAGUACGUUUCGGACAUCCCGCUUAAGCGUCCGCAGGAGACGUUUGUGGAUGAUCCCAAGCUGUUUGACGAGGUGCUGCUUGAAGAGUUGGAGUUUGACUUGGCCCACGGCGUCAAGGAUAUCAACGGGCUCCAUGUUUUCCACGCAAUUGUGGUUUUCCACGCGAUGCUUGAGGAUUUGAUUUGGUUGCGGGAGCAUCCAGAGGAGUUGAGGGUUUUUAGAGAGAGCCAGUUGAAGAAGUACGGAUUGGUAUUGGGAGAGUUGGAGGAGGGAGAGGAAGGGGAUGGAGGGUUUCAUGGGGACGAUUUGGCAAUGCCAGUCCAAGCGCCAGCACCAGCUGAGCGAAUCGAGGCUGGUGCUGGAGCUUCCCAAGGGUUUGGAGACCCAAAAGACUCAUCUGCGUCAGCAGAUGAGGCUGGAGGGUCAAGAAGCCGUGAAGACCUGAAACUUGCUCAAACCGGCCCAGAAACCUCUCAAGGUGGCUCUCUGGAUGGCUUUAGACCAUCUCUGGAAGGUCAGGAAGGCCAGGAUGAGUCGAAUACCCCUCAAGACCACUUACAGACCAGUCAGGAUGAUCCAACGACAGUCCAGGACACUCCUUCGUCUUCUUCCCAGCGUGAAGAAAGCCUAUCGCAACCUACACCUUCUAGAGACCAUAGAGAGACGCAAAAUAGACCUUCUGAACGAGUUUUCCAGGAUUCGCCGAGAUUUGGUGACCCCGGAGACUCCCAAAACCGGCCUGAUCUGGCCUCUUCCGACUCGUUCCCUCCCAAAUCGUUCAUUUCUCGUCCAGGCAUGAAAAGCCUUGAUUCUGCGUUUUCUACGGUCGAUUCAGUAUCAACGCCAGAUGAACCACAAAGCGGGCUUGGAACGCCAGACCCUUUAGACCCUGUGGAGUUCAUUUCUACAGAACUGUUGGUGCAAACGACAUCGCUUGAAAGAGUGCCUAAUCCAAUUACUACCCACUCUUCCAGUCGGCUUCGUAAAGAGGUGCUUUUCCACAGCAACCCAAAGACAAAAGCUCAGGCUGAACAUCUAGUGAAAUGCUUUGGUUUGGCCAGACCGCCGCCAAUCUCUAUAAAAGAGUUCCUUCUACGGAUCAACAAGUACUCGCCGUCAGUUUCCGUUUCUGUGUAUAUCCACAGUGCCUACUUGUUGUUUAAACUUGGGGUUUUAUUAGAUGUGGUGGGUUUUACAGAACUUAACGUUUACAGGUUCAUAUUGGCGCUGAUUCGGUCGCUGACGAAGAAGUGUGAAGAUAUUUACCAGAAACAAAAGAGCUUUGCUAUGGUUGGUGGAAUGGCAUUGAGAGAUUUGGGGAAGAUCGAGGUGAGCUUCCUUUACUUGUGUAACUUUAAGUUGGUGGUGAGCGAGUUCAUUUUAAAUGAUUUCUUGAAGAACAACUUUGUGGAUUUACGGAGCUUUUGCAGGGAAAGAAAGGGGAAUGACGAGUCAAUGGACGUGGAAGAGGCAGCCCAGUGA